GGUGACUAAUCUCCAUUCCCGAAAUUAUGUGACCAACCUUGUACUUUUCAAUCAGACUCAAGCAAGCGCUAUCUUCUAGGAACGACAACAUUUUGAAUAUCCCUUCCUGGCCGGGGUAUAUAGUCAUUAUGAUGACGACCCAACCGACUUGUCGCAGGAAGGGAAAAUUUCGCCAGCCAAGGCGAGUGCAGGUCCAUGACGAAGAAGGCUGGACACACAUCACGACCACAAACCGAACGGCAUCUAACAAGCUUUGCGUUCUAUCUCCAAUCAAAGACCUAUUGGUCCCAGCCGAGUCCCCUGAUGGAUUGACUUUCCAGAAACUAAAGAAACAGUUUGAGUGGCACAAAAGAUGCUGGGAGGAGUCGCAGAGCUGGCAGGCUUUGAAGGCGGCCUUGGACAACGAACUUUUGACGGGCCCUGCUAGCAAAGUGGACAAUUGCGUCUGCGUUGGUUUGGGGAGCCCCAGUGGAUUCCUAAGAGGCGGGUGGGUUGACCGCAGGGCUGUGUCUCUCUACCAGUUGGCCGCAUUGGUGACGAUGCUAGAAUAUUUUGCUCGCAAGGAUACUCCGUCCAUCUCCAUCAAAGACUGCUCUGCCCAGGAUCCCGUUUUCAACGCACUGGACAAACAGCUUCUCGAAUAUGCGGGCAUUCGCGUCGUCCAGCACCCCGCAGCUUUUACCCUGAUAAAUGAGCGCACAUUCCUAUAUGCCCCUGGUGCGGAGAGAGUACAUAUUCUGGAUAUGCUGUCGUCAAACCCUGCCCUCUUUUUUGGUGGCACCCUAGACGAUGAAAACCUAGUUCGACUGCCCGAUGAUAAUGAACAAGUCCUAUUGCGAUUCCUUAAGACGAGACGAUCAAUGCUACUUCCACCAUUUGACCCAAAUAUACAUUCAUUUUGGAAAUCAAGCUUAUUUUGGAGACCCGAAGAGAGCUGAUUGCAUAUCAAAUUACAUAAUUUCUAUACCAUCACAAGAGCAAAACCCAAUGGUUCACUGAUAAUGCAAUUGGAAAAUGGGAGUUUCCGCAAACGUGUAGUCACGUUUGGCUGAGUUUUUAUCAAAUAUACGGAUUAAUGUAUGCAGGACAUCAAUUCGUAUCAGAACAUUGUCGGACAAGGAAGACGCCCGAACUGGAGGAGGCAAAAAAAUGGUUCCAAGCGCCCUUAGUUAAUGUCCUUGCUCCAUACCAGCGUCCCAAAGAAGUCCGCAACUUCUAGUAGAGCAACCUGCGAAUCGCUAUUAGCAUAGGAAUCGAAAGAGAGAGCACUGCAGCAGUCCGAAAUAGUAGCAGGCGGUAGGCGAAGAACAUGACUUACCUUGGCGAUUUCAUUACCCGAAUAUUCGCCAAGAGGACGACCCCCAACUCCAUCCUGGGCGACGACGAUAUCAUAAGCAAGCUCAGCAGCUCUUCUGGCUGUGGUAGAUACGCAGACAUGUGCCUGAGAGUCAUUGGGUGACUGCAAUUAGCGUCCAAUCGGCAAAAAUUGAUGUUUGCCGCCUGGGACGGCCUCCGAAAGCAGGGAAAACCAAAAAGAAAAUCAGUCCACUCACCAUGUACCCCACCAAUACAAUCUUUCUCGCACCGAGGCUUUGCAAGUAUUCGUGAAGAUCCGUCUCCGCAAAUGCGCUGGGGAACUUUUUGGUGAUAACCUAUUCAUGGGACAUGGAGGUGUCAGCGCUACCUCGCAGACACUGCCUCUGAUAUCCAACGAAUCCUCUUCUCCGCUUCAAAAGCUGUUAAAUGAAGACGGAUUUCCAACCUUCUCACCCUCCAAGGGCUUUAACUCCUCAAACUCAUCCGCCAAUGUGGUGCCAGUGGUGAAUACAGGCGCAUCAGCGGCGGUUUGAUGGACGAUAUGAACAAGGUUCUGCUUGCCCGUGGCUUUGGCGGUGGCACGGUAUUUUUCAAGGAGAGAUUUGAUAAUAACGCGGCUUUUGUCGACAUUGUCGACUUUCAGAAGCCCGCAUGCGUAUCUAAAUUUUGUUGUGAGAGGGGAGAGCGACGUCAGAUAUGGAUAUGGUUCCCAAAAUAGACAUAUAUUUAUUCUCUUGUAUUUCUUCCUUGUUUUGAGAAUGAUGGAACGAAAGAAUGAAUGAAUAGAAAGGGUUUUCAUACUCGUUUUGCGCGUCAAUGAUGAUCAGAACACUGUCCGUGGUCGUCGCAGUCAAGGGCUUCAUGCCCGCCAUAUCUCUGAAUAAGGCCAUGUUGCUUCCGUAGGUUAGUGGACGUUUUCUCUUCCAAAGCUUUAGAAAACGAGAUAUCGUCAAUGUCAAGGCUUUCCGUUUAUAUGAUGUUUAAAAAGAAAAGAUGCAGUCUAGAGCUCCUGACUCCUCUUAAAUACCUCUUAUUAAGUUCCACGCCGUGAUGUGAGAGAGAGUAGCUCUUACUCAUGAAGUGGGGUGUUAA